UUGGCGUGUGCUUCACUGUUUGCUGGUACUGCACGCUUCCCAACCUCAGGGAGCCUGGGCCGUUACCAUGGCGACGAUGGAAGCCGUCAUUGUGCUGGUCUUAUCUUCGGCUUUGGUCGUGAGUGGGAAAGUCAUCCAUCGUGAGGGCUCCGGUGAGAACAAGGUAAACUACGACUGUGAGGAUUGUGUGCGGAUGGACAAUGGCGGAUUGGACCCAAACAACGUUCCUGUGCGGAUAGACGCCGGCGGGCUGGACCCUAACGUUAUCGUGCCCGACAUGCGGGUACCCGAGACCUGCGGUUCCUUCGCCAUGUCUCAUCUGUCCGCAGACGUGCAGAACCUUCAGCGGGACCUCACCAUGGUCCUGGCCAGGUGGGAGAAGAUGGAGAACACUUUGGACGAGGUUCAGGAGAACGUGGCGGACGUGCAGCAGAACGUGGUGGACCAGGGAGGGAAGAUUAACACGCUGGAGCUGCAGUUCUCGGAGGCACUGUCACCAACAGACAUCAGCGAGGAACAUCGGCACAACGGCCGCAAAUACCUGCAGGACAAAGUCAUGUCCCUGCAGAAGGACCGAGAAGAGUUCGUGGAAGUCAUAGCUAAACAGAACGCGCAGAUCGCCCAUCUGGUGGACACAAUACACGGGCUCAGGCAAAAUGUCUUCCGUCUGAGGGUCAAGCUCAAGAAAAUGUCCGAGGAAGAAGACGAACACAAGGAUGGGGAUAUGAGAGAACUUGAAACCAAUUUGACCGUCAUGGAGGAGAACGGAAACGGGUACGUGAACGGAGUAACGCCACAUCCGCGUCGCUGAAGGACGAGGGGCGUCCGUCGAGAACUGGAAUAAAUUCGGUUGGAAUCUUUCCUUGAGGCACUAGUUUUUAUUGCCACAACUGCUACACCCGUGUUUUCCAACAGAGAGCUGACAUAAAGUUGAGGACGCAAUGAUGGCAUGCUUGUCAGAGGACUGCACCGGUAGAAAUAGAGGGUUAGACUUGACGGCAUGCACUAUGCAAGACCCUUUACAAACGUCCAGCGGCCGCCUCCGUGCUGUUGACAGGUUGGAUUAACCUUUCCACUUUCACUUCCACCAGGCCGGACAUCGCAGUUUAUUUUUGGCAAGCAAAUGUUGACCGUUCUUUGUUUAGUUGCUGUUAAAAGCUGCAAGUGGGACCACUUAGUAUGUAUCUGACUAAAGCACGUAGUGGCAGAGUACCGGUCCCUCAUGUGUCAGACAGGGUAAAGGAACUUUAAAAGACGCGCCAUUUUGUGCCUUUGUGGAAGUUUAUUACACUAUAACUAAGAUUGUAUGUACCCACAUAGUUCUUACCAAUCUGACACAUUUUAAGCCGUAAUUUCUGCAUUUCGUCUGUCCGGUGUCUGGCAAUAGAUGUAAGUCGUAUUUACCUGGAAAACAAAUGGCCGACCACACCGGCAGAGUGUAAGUGUCAACCCUCUACUGUUACAUCUGGACCUCGCGUCUUGACUAUACAUCAACUUCAAGUUCCUCAGUCUUAUGCCUUGGCCACAUGCGCAUUUGGCCUUAUACGUGUGCGUUAGGGUGAAACAACUGUGUUUAUUAUGCAUACUAGAAUAUUUUGAACUAUUCAUGUUCUUAUUUCUUUAUUUUCUAUCAAUUUUGUGUCUGUGCUGUGUAGUGACAAGUAACUGUAAUCGUGCUAACUAGGGAAGGCCAAAAUACUACAAAAACGAAGACUAUUAAUCUAACCCAGCGAAACGAUCGAAGCUGUGGAUCUCACUGUCGUGUCAAAUACUUUUGUAAUUGUUUUUUUCGUUCCGAUCCUGUCACAGAGCAUAGUGGCAUAGUCCUUGUAUAUUUUGUUCUCUAUCCAAACAAUUAAAAAGAGGAUAAUUUACACAUUGUA